AUGUAUCUGCCACGGUCUCUGAUAUCUAAGCUCUACACCCACCUCCAAAACACGCGCCAUCCCCUCUCGCCGCCGGUGCUCAUCCUCGUGGCCCUGGAACCCGACGCACUCUGUGCCUGCCGCAUCCUCACCCGCCUUCUCAAGCAUGACUACAUUCCCCACAAGAUCCAGCCGGUGGCGGGCUACGGCGACCUCGAGAGGGCCGGCAGCGAACUCGUCGUUCCCAUGAUGGAGAGCCGAGGCGGCGCCGGCGGCGUCGUCGUGUGCCUGGGCGUCGGUGGCAUGGUCGACCUCGGCCCGCUGCUGGGUUUGGAGCCCGACGGGGAGGACUCUCCUUACAGCGGCGUCGAGGUAUGGGUCAUCGACCCCCACAGGCCGUGGAACUUGGGCAACCUUUUCGGCGGCUUUCCUCUGGAGCCGGCGACGCACGACAGGGGCAGCUACCAGGCCAGGAGUCCAGUCGGCGUCGAAGGCGGUCAAAUCGGGCGCUCGUACAAGGCGGGCAAGGGUGGCAUCGUCGCCUUUGACGACGGCGACGUCGAGGAAGACCUUGGUGCCGUGCGCGACGCGUACCACGCCCUGGUGGACAUGCCCGACGUGGACGACGACGACGACGACGACGACGACGACGACGACGCAGGCCUUUCCGAGGAUGAGGAAGGCUUCGAAGAGGACGCUGCCCGUGCGGGCCAGAAGCGGAAGAGCUGGUCGGACGGAAACGAGGACGACUCGAGCGGUGACGACGACCGACCUCGUCAACGACGAAGGAGCAAUUCGUCGAGCCCGAUCCCUUCCCCCCCACGACAACGAGGACUCUUGUCGCUGCGCGAUCCGGAUGUCGGCCUGUCCAGCGACGCCGUUGAACCGCCGUCGGGGGCCCAGCCUGGACCGGCACCGUCGGCGCGGGCGCUGAGGCGGAAGCUGAUUCGCAUGCGCCGAGAGCGGGAAGCGGUCCUUCACGACUACUACAAGAUGGGAUCCUCGUUUGCCGAGCCCAUCUCGUCGAUGAUGUACUCGUUGGCGUCCGAGCUGGGCCGGGAAGACAACGACCUUCUGUGGCUCAGCAUCGUCGGCGUCACGUCGAUGGAGCUGUACGGACGAUCAUCGGCCGGGGUCGCCGCUCCCGUUCGCGGAACCGACAAGGGGCGGCCGACGGGGUGGAUGGGCAUGAGGGGCGCCCAGCUGCGGCAGCUGCUGCGUGACGAAGUCCGACGGCUCAACCCGCCCGAGGUCACCAACGGUCGCGUGGCGGUGGAGAACACGGGGGUGAUACCGACGACGGCGCGGAACCCCGAGGACACGGCCAUCCGGCUGUCGCCGGAGCCCCGGUUCCUCCUCAUCCGGCACUGGAGCCUCUACGACAGCAUGCUGCACUCCCCCUACCUGUUCUCUCGCCUCAAGACGUGGAGCGAGACGGGCAUCAAGCGGCUCCACAAGCUCCUCGCGAAGAUGGGGGUGAGCCUGGCGCAGUGCAAGCAGAGCUACACGCACAUGGACAUGAUGCUCAAGCGCGAGCUGAGGGCCAAGCUCCUCAAGUACGGCUCGCUCUACAACCUCGAGGAGAUGGUGCCGGCCGUCGACACGGACGGCAAGGACCGGGCCGGCGCCAAGGACGGAUGGGGCUUCGUGCGCAGCUGGGGUUGGCGAGCGACGCUGAGCGCCCAGGACGUCGGCGUCGUCAUCGGCGCCCUCCUGGAGGUCGGGAAGCACGGGCACGCGGCGGACGGGGCCUCUGGCGCGAGCCAAGCGUCGCGGGAGGCGGAAGACGAAGCCGAGUACUCGGCCCAGGGCGUCGAGUUCGUCGGCCGCUUUUGGGAAGCGUACGAUGCUUUGGAAGACAUCGACGCGCUCAAGGCCGGCCUCCCGACGGCUCAAUUCCUGCAUCGGGCCAUCUAUCGCACGGGUACGUCGCUCAUAAACAAGAAACAGAUCAAGCAUCUGCGGGCAUUUCGCAUGUGCGUCGUCAAGGACGGACCCGACGUUUCGCUCUUCGCCCACCCGGCCGCGCUGACGAAGCUGUCCCUCUGGAUCGGCGAGGCGCUGGCGGAGCAGGAGAGGGACGCGCACGGCAAGCUCGCGCAGGGCGGACGAGGCACGCCUCUCGUCGUGGCCAGCCUCAACGAGAAGCGCGGCGUCUACGUCGUGGUCGGCACCGGCGGCGGCGGCGGACCCGACACCACCUUUCUCAGCCGCGAGGCGGCGAGCAAGAGGCGCGAGGAGAAGGCCGCUCGGGCGGAGGCGAAGGAGGAGUCACGAAGGGCGCGGCGCAAGGUCCGCGAGGACAAGCGGGCGGCCGCUGCCCGAGGGGACGACGAGGACGAGGACGAGACGGAGUCGGAAGGGUCCGACUCGGACGAGGACUCGGACGCAGACUCGGCCACGGAGGAAGACCAGGCGACGCAGACUCGGGGGUACGGCCUCAACAAGUUCGGCAGCGCCUUCCAGGAGGUCGUCGCGGAAACGAAGUCGCGGGUCCGCAUCGACAGCUUCGAGAACUGCGUCGUCGAGGUGAAGAAGGAGGAUCUGGGAGGCUUCCUCGAGAGCCUGAGCAUGAAGGCGGUGUCUCUCCCCAUUAUUAUUCUGCCCAUGCCGGAUCCACCCUUGCUCCUCCACCCUUCCAUACUCCGCCACAACGUCUCGAUCGAAUCUCGGCUCGCUCUUUGGGUCUUACGACCAUCCGACCGAUCGACCGACGCUCCUCGCGAGAGAUUUCUUCCACCUGCAAGAACUCCGCUGCCUGAUCUCUCCUCUUCCCUCCCUCCUCCAAUCUUCCCCUCCCUCUCCAACUCAGCCUACUCUCAAAGCCUCAUUCCCUCGUCCCCUCAUCCCCUCGUCUCCUCACCCCGCGCCCUCAUCCCGCGUCCUCUCAUCGAACGAGCGAAUCGCCCGGCCUGCGACCGCUGGAUUGAUCCCACCGACGGCUCCUCACGACUCUCCUCAUCCACGGCCGCCCGCACCUUCGGCCACGAACCUUCGCUUCUCUUGUCCCUGCCUUCCCGAGUCAACUCGACGGGGGACGAGUCUUGCUCGACCUACGACGGUGCACCAACGGCGACGUUGCAAGCACGACUGGCAGCCGCGAGCCUAGCCUAUCGGCCCUGCCCUCUUCCUCCUCCGCCACUUUGCUUGGCCAUUGAACGAUUUCGUCCGACAUCGUUGACCUCGGCAAGAAAGCCGCCACCUGUCGACCCGAGUAGGAUGGGUAAAUCACAGUCGAAGCUCUCCCCCGAGCAACUUGUCGAGCUCCAAAAGUCGACUCACUUUGACAAGAAGGAGCUGCAACAGUGGUACAAGGGUUUUCUCAAGGACUGCCCGUCGGGCAUGCUCUCCAAGGAGGAGUUCCAGAAGAUUUACCGCCAAUUCUUCCCUUUUGGGGACCCCAGCUCGUUUGCCGACUAUGUCUUCAACGUCUUCGACAGCGACAAGUCGGGCACCAUCGAUUUCAAGGAAUUCAUUUGUGCCCUGAGCGUUACGAGCCGCGGGAGGAUGGAGGACAAGCUGGACUGGGCCUUUCAGCUCUACGACAUUGAUGGCGACGGCAAGAUAAGCUACAAUGAGAUGCUCCAGAUUGUCGAGGCAAUCUACAAGAUGGUCGGAUCCAUGGUCAAGCUCCCCGACGACGAGGACACCCCCGAGAAGCGCGUGAAGAAAAUCUUCCGCAUGAUGGACAAGGACGAGAACGGGUCGCUAGACAUGGACGAGUUCAAGGAGGGCAGCAAGCGCGAUGAAACUAUCGUUUCCGCCCUGUCCCUCUACGACGGGCUUGUCUGA